AUGGCACAGAAAGUGUUUGAUGAAUACAUUCUGUGUUCCAAUGGUGCCAUUGUUCAGAUUGCAGAUGGGUCUUUUCCUCUUGUGACUUUUAUCGAAGGAUAUAAGUUUGGUUUUGUGUUGUUUAUCCCAGUUUUUGCUGGUUCUGAAAUUGGGAAGACUAUUGGCAGUACUAAGUUGAACGCAGACCUUUACCUUCGGAGACCCCACGCCGCAUUUAACAACGGCAUCCACCUCCCGCUCCCACCCCCUCAAAUCCACCGUCCAUCUCCCCGAACCCACCAAACCUUCUUCCUCACAGCUGGCGCCCCAUGUGCCUUCGCGAACACGGCCACUGCUGCUGGGCCCCAUCCGUCCCGACGCUACUCUUCAUUCUACAUAUACGGCUCACGGCUCAGUCCCUUUCACUCCUCCUCCUCCUCCUCCCUCCGACGAUGGAUCGCCGCCCAGCCAUCCUCUGUCUCUCGCUCCUCCUGUGCGCCGCUGCGGCGACCAUUCCCGCUAGCGCCCAGUCUCCCGCGGCGGCGCCCUCCAAAGCCGCCGGCGCAGCCACCGCCCCUGCUACCGCCAAAACCACCACUCCCGUCCCCGCCUCCGCCCCCUCCAAACCUACCGCUCCUGCGCCCACGCAGCCUUCCCCCGUUCCUGCGACUGCUCCCGCCGCCAAAGUCACUACACCGCCUCCAGCCACGGCACCGGCGACGCCCCCGCCAACCGCACCCCCAAAUGCCACCGCCCCCGCCACUGCUCCAGCCGCGACGCCGCCGGCUACCUCCCCCGCCGCCGCUGCGACGCCUCCAGCUCCGGUGCCGGUCGCGGCACCCGUCGCGACCUCAGUACCCCCCGCCGCGGCCCCCGUCAUCCCCUCCACUCCGGUCCCGGCCACAGAGUCACCAGUGCCCUCCGAGACACCUGCCCCCGCCGCAAGCAAGCCGAAGAAGAAGAAGAAGAAGGGUAAGAAAGCCGUGGCUCCCGCUCCGAGCUCCCUGGCCCCGCUCGCCGCAUCGCCGUCCGACGCUGCCUCUCCUGGACCCAGCGUCGCCGCCGACGAAGUGAACGGAGCGCGCGCAGCGAGCAGCAUCAUGCUUUCCGGCUCGGCCCUACUCCUUUGGAUCGUCGCCAUCUUCGCUGCCGUUUGACUGCUGUUGAUGUCUGUGGCGGUGCUUGAUCUGUCGUUAUCGGAUUCCGACAGUUUAUUCGCAUUUUGGCCCAUUAAUUUAGCGUAUAUUGCAUGCACUAUGACCGUGACCACGACCAGCUGCUGUAUUUAUUUAUUCACUCAAUUGAAUUUUUUAUUAUUUUGUCGGA